AUGAUCUUCUUAAUUUGUGAUGGUCAAGGAGAAUAUACAACUAGGCCACCACCCAGUGAGGCAUUAAUAGUUCUCAAAAUAAUGGCAGAGAUUGUGAUUCUUCUAGCUAUUAAAAAGAUCGGAAUUGCCUUGGCAAAGGGAGCGGCAGACCAGGUCAGCGUGCAGUUUGCAAAGUAUGGCACGCAGCUACUAGAGCUACAGGCCAGCAUGGGCCGUAUUGCCAGAGAGCUUCGCGUAAUGCAUGAUGUACUCUGUCAAAUGGACAUUCGAAACUGCAACAAUCAAGUAUACGAGGGUUGGUUGGAGGAGGUACAAAAGGUAGCACAUGUGAUGGAGGACAUGGUGGAUGAGUACUUGUAUCUAGUUGGUCAGGAACAUGAUAUCAGUUUUUUCUUUUUCCUGAAGAAAGAUUUCAAGAAGCCAAGAUCUCUGCUUUCUUUGAAGAAGAUAGCUUCCAAGGUGAAGGAAAUAGAGAAAGACCUUUUACAUCUAUCUGAGACAAAAAACCGUUGGGUUCCCAUGAUAAAUAAUGGAGAUAGUAGCAACUCAAAUUACAUUAUCAAGAGAUCCCAAGAUCUAGUAAACAUUUCACGCUCCCUUGAUGAUGAAGAUCUGGUGGGGAUGGAUAAAAAUAGAGAAAAACUCGAGGAGUGGUUAGCAGGUGAUGACCCGGAACGCUCUGUGAUAUCUGUGCUCGGAAUGGGAGGUCUUGGUAAAACUGCUUUAGCUGCAAAUAUAUACAAGAAGAAGAGGGAUAAAUUCCAGUGCCACGCCUGGGUCUCCAUCUCUCAAACUUAUUCUGCGGAAGAUGUCUUGAGGAAGAUAAUCAAGGAACUUUUUAAAGAUAAUGUCAGUGUUCUAUCUAGCACUAUGGCUAUGGACAUCAUGAGCCUUGCAGAGACACUGAAGAAAUAUCUGGAGCAAAGGAAGUAUUUGAUCAUACUGGAUGAUGUUUGGACUCCAGAAGCAUUUGAUGAUUUGUUUAGGACAAUUCCUCAUAAUGAUAAGGGCAGUAGGCUGAUAAUCACAACACGGGAAGGCGAUGUUGCUGCACUUGCCUCUCAAGGACAUAUGUUAACACUUGAAGCUUUACCAGAAGACAAGGCAUGGGACCUCUUUUGUAAGAAAGCCUUUCCAAGAGAUACAAAUCAUGAAUGUCCUAUUGGGUUGAUGCCAUUGUCCAAGGAAAUAGCUAGCAAGUGCAAAGGCUUGCCUCUUGCUAUUGCCUCUGUUGGUAGCCUCUUGCGCGUGCAUGAGAAAACCGUGGAAGAAUGGAAAAGAAUAAAUGACCAACUGAGCUGGGAGAUAAUUAAUAAUUCAAGAUUCGACCACAUAAGGAAUGUUUUGCAUCUAAGCUUCAUAUACCUUCCAACACACUUGAAAAGUUGUUUCUUGUACUGCAGUCUAUUUCCAGAAGACUACCAUUUCAGAAGGAAACAACUUUUAUGGUUAUGGAUAGCAGAGGGGUUCAUCGAGGAGAGGGGUGAAAGCACAUUAGAAGAAGUGGCAGAAGGCUAUCUGAAGGAGUUGAUUGACAGAAACAUGCUACAACUAGUUGAGAGGAACACAUUUGGUAGGACGAAGGAAUUCAGAAUGCACGAUAUCUUACGUGAAUUAGCAGUGGACUUGUGCCGGAAGAACUGUUUUGGUGUUACGUAUGAGGAUAAAUGUGGGGGGCAUCUUCAGAAGAUUGGGCGUCGAUUGGUACUACACAAACUAAAGAAGGAUAUUCAGCAACCAUUUUCCAACAUGCACCAGCUUCGAACUGUCAUCACACUGGAGGAUAACAUGCGGUCAUUCACUCUACUACCUCUGCUAUGUAAGGAGUCAAGAUGUAUGACGGUGCUAGAAUUAAAUGGUCUACCCAUGGAUAAGAUUCCUGAUGCUAUUGGAGAUCUUUUUAAUGUCCGCCAUUUGGGUUUGCGUGAUUCAAAGGUGAAGAUGCUCCCGGAGUCUAUUGAGAAGCUUUCAUAUUUGUUGACACUGGACCUUUGUAGAUCUGACAUACAUGAGUUGCCAGGUGGGAUUGUGAAACUGAAGAAGCUCAGGCACUUAUUUGCUGAGAGAGUAAUUGAUCCAAACUGGAGAGAGUUCAGAUGUCGCAGUGGUAUGUGUAUCCCUAGUGGGCUUGGAAAUCUAACAAACUUGCAGACACUACAAGCAUUGGAAGUACAGGAUGAGUCUCUUAGACAUUUAGGGGAGCUGAGACAACUGAGAAGCUUGAGAUUAUGGAAUGUGAAAGGAAUCUACUGUGGACGCAUCAGUGAGUCUCUAGUUCAGCUGCAGUGUUUGUCCUACCUAGAUGUGAAUGCAAGUGAUAAGAACGAAGUUCUCUUGUUGAAUGUCUGCCUGCCAAACCUGCAAAAGCUAUAUUUGAAAGGACAACUAGCGGAAGGGGCGUUGGACGAGUCUCCUCUCUUCCAAUAUGUGGAGGGGCAGAACUUUUAUGAAUUGGAGCUAUAUUGGUCACAGCUGAGAGAAGACCCCCUGCCAUCUCUUUCUCGGUUGUCAAAUUUGACGCAGCUACGCUUCACCAGAGCAUACAGUGGAGAGCAGAUGACAUUUCUCACGGGUUGGUUUCCCAAGCUAAAGAUUCUUUUCCUAAGAGACCUGCUUAAUUUGAAUCGGCUGGAGAUACAGCAAGGUGCCUUGGUGAGCCUGGAGAAACUAUUUUUAGGCAACCUAAGCAGCAUGACAGAGGUCCCACCUGGCAUUGAGUUCCUCAUGCCCCUCCAGUAUCUAUGCUUCGAAGAAAUCACAAAGGACUUCUUUACUGUGCUGGACCAAUGUUCUGCUAUUCAAGGGAAGUGA